CCACUAGUUUGAAGAAUGAGGUAGCAAGUCUGUUCAAAAAUGAUAAAAAUGCAUUUUAAUAUUUUACAGUAAGUAUUUUUGCUAUACGAUAUUAACCCCUGGGGGAAAUUACCCCUAUGUCUGACGUCGCUAUGACAACAGAAACGCCAUCUUUGAUAUUCAAUCUGAACAACCAAAUUUACACAAACUUCGUUGCUGUUGUACUAGCAUUUUAUUUUCUAAAUUCAGUUGUUUUCGCAACAAACAAUGGCAGUCAAUCUCGAAGAUUAUUUCAGGACGAUAUUUGAGGACAAACUUCUGGUGUAAGUAGAAAUUUCCGCGCGAUUUUUCAACGUUCUAAUCAGAUUUGUCGAUUUAUUUUGGUUUUAAAAGCUUAACUGUAUCUGUAUGUCUGUAUCUAUUAAACUUAACUGUAUCUGUAUUUAUUAUCUCAACUGUAUCACUGUUUGUUGUGUCAUUAGGAAAAUGCCAGAGCGGGAGGAUGACCAACUCACUCCCGCCACAAGAUUGCUGGAAAAACGCAGAGAGAUGUCCGAAGUUGAGCAAGCUUUGACGGCACAAAAAGAGGUUUGCGCACUUUUCCCUAUGGGGUAUUAUUAAAACGGGCCACGGAUACGAAUAGACUUUGCUUUCUGUACUCUGUAGGGCUUUAAAGGUCCGUUUAAACUUGCUAUUUUUGCUGUGAUUUUUGGGUUUUGAAUAUUCUGAGUAUUAUCAGAGUAUACUGUAUAGGGCCAUUCAGGGGUGCACAUUUAAUAGAUUUUAUGGGGGGUUUGGACGGAUCCGGGACCAACUUUUGAUUCGGGAAAGAUCCGGGACCGACUGUUGACCGGCCAUUCCAUGUAAUAUCCACACCACCCCCUCCCCUAUGGAUGAGGUCAGUAAAAUAUUAAUCCCUAAAAAAAAGAUCAAAGUGCCAACACAAAAUCCCCCUCAGAAAUUUGUAAAUUUUCCCCUUACCCCUCAAAGGAUGCCGACAGGCUUUAAACCCCUCAGAAAUAUGACUUUGGGGUUACCCUUCAGAAAAAUUCAUCAAUAGGAGGGGGUGUGGACAUUUUAAAUGGAAUGGCCCAUGUAGCCCAGUGAGCUCUAUAUAAUAUCUGGAGCAAAAACUUCAGUCAUUUGGCCUACAUGAGAAGAGUGAAGUGAAGAUGAGAAGAGUGAAGAGUGCAGUCAUUGCCGUCCAAUAGCUCUGAGGUUGUAAACAGUUUUUAUUGUUCUAACAGACUGUGUUGCUAACCAAGUUUAUGUAGUGUUAUUCUUUAUUAUUAUAUAAAGUAUAGUGCUUUAUAGAGAUUUCAAACACUCAUUAAUAAUUCAUAAGCUUAUUGGCAAAUCAUGUCAACCAUAAUAUGUCACGUGCAGUGGCUUUAAACCUCAGAUAAAACACUCCUAAUUAGUAUUCUUUAUAUAAAGAAUACUAAUAAGGCAGUAUCUAUUGUAGUCGUGUCCUCAUUAGUAUUCUUUAUAUAAAGAAUACUAAUAAAGCAGUACUUAUAUCUAUUGAAUUUGUAGUCGUAUUUGAAGCCAUUUAAUAAACUCGCAGGUCGUGUUUUAUUAGGUCUAAAGCCACUCGCGCUGCGCGCUCGUGUCUUUAAACCUAAUAAAACCCUCCUGCUCGUUUAUUAAACAGUACUUCAAGCACUGAUACCUGAGUGAUAAUCUCACAUGUGAGAUUAUUCAUGAUAAUCUCACAUGUGAAAAUUAUCGCUUUUCAAUUAUCGCUUUUCUGUAAAAAUUAUCGCUUUUCACAGACUGUCCUUUAUAUAAUAAACAGAAAAAUACAUGGGUGCUUGGAAAUACCAGAUUUAUUUCUCGUGUUGAACAUGAUAUCUCACUCGUUCGCUGCGCUCACUCGUGAUAUAUCAUGUUCAACACACGAAAUAAAUCUGGUAUUUCCGCGCACCCAUGUAUUAUUCUCUAUUUAAAUUGAUGUGAAAAUAGGAAACUUCGGCUCACUCCUCCCAAGACAGAGAAAAUUGAAGGAGCUAUUGGAUGUCAGUUUCAUGCAGUCCCUUUCUAUUGUUUUUGUCUGCGUGCAGGCCUCGAAAUAAGUGCCGGUCACUGACCGGUAAAAUUUCACAGUUUGACCGGCAAAUAUCGUCGCCUGCGGACAUGCGUGACCAGUAAAUUUUUUAAUAAAAAAGUACGUUCAAACUACGGUGUAGGCUAAUAAGGGCUGCGAAGUGACACAUUUUGUCAUACAGAUAUGAUAUACCGCAUACAUUGUGCCUAUAAGGGCUGUUUUCCAGUCAUACGUUUUUGACACAUGCGACGGAAAAGUUCAAAUCUUUUAAAAUUUCAUAUAAGUGCAAAUAACCUUAACAAGUACACAUUAAAUCAUACACAAAACUGAUUGCUGUCCUUUUAUAAAUUUAGUUAUUUCAUAAGCAGGAUGUAAAGCGAUUUCAACUUUUACGUGCGUACACGCACGUAUGAAAAACGCGUAACUGGAAUGCAGCCUAAAAGCAUGCUCGCAACUCAAACUACAGUUGUCAUUUGCGACUUAAUAUAUUAAUUUGGUAGUAAACAAUGUUAAUGUUAUUAGUAAUGAUUACUACUACAGGGUGUCCCAAAAAAACCCGAAAACUAUUGAAAUCACUUAUUGUUAAAAUUGAAUUCCCUACCAAAAAGCUGAACGUAAUGAUGCGUAAAAUAUUGACAAGGUGCAUGUAUUAAAAUUUAGUUAAGACAUCUCCUUGUAAAGUGCGCGAUUUUCUGUUGUUGGGAAUUUAAAGCAGCUUCUUAAAUAGUUUCUUUAUGCAUAAAAUUUACUUGUGUCAAUCAUUUAAUUGCACUCGUGGGAACCAACAGAGUGCUAAGGCAUUCAAAUUCUAACAAUUAAAUUGUUAUUGGUGAUUUCAAUAGUUUUCGGGUUUUUUGGGACACCCUGUACAGCUUUGAUAAACGCCAUACUUCUACUUUGUAUAUACAAAUACAAUUAAAAUGCACAAUUGUUUCUGAAGUUACGAGUCACGCGAAAGAUGAGGGGAAAAAAGAAGAUAAGGAGUGACAAUGACCGGCAUAAAUUCCGUUGUGACCGGUAAAUUUAGUGAUCCACCGGUCAUAAUGACCGGUAUAACGUCCAGAUUUUGGACUUGAGUUCUCGUUCCAGGUAUAUAAGGAGCUCAUGCACUGAUGUAGCCUCAUCUGAUCCUCCUGAACAUCACAUCCAUCCAAGAAAAUCGCAGCAAAAGUUGCAAGUUGUAAACUUUCUUUCCGUCCGUGUGCACUUAUCGCGCCGUAAUUUUCCCGUCCGCAAGUCCUCCCCCAAAAAACCAUCUGCUACACAGCUAGGCUAUUAGUAGCUAUAGGGCACAUCUGGGCGCAUUGCCACUUAAAGGGUUAAUAUAUGAGAUCCCAAAAUUAAUACUUGUUCUUAAAAGUUCCAGGAACAGUUAAUAGUUAAAGGCCCAGAAAUUUUACACUUUACCAUCAAAAACAUAUUAUAAAAUCACUGAGUAGAUUAGAUACAGACAUCCAACACCAAAACUUUGUAACUUCUGCCACACCAUGAUUCGCUAUCGCAAUGAUGUCACCAUUUUCCUGGCCAGUGUGCUUAAUUUUAAUUUCAUUUAAUUUAUUAGCUUUGCCUUGUAAAUAACUAUAAUACAAUGGACCAUUUGCAUUAUAGACUAAAUUUUGAUCUAGACAAAAAUUUCAUCACAGCUUGAAAGAGCAUCACAAAAUUAGUAAUAUUCCAAAGUUUCGUUGCGAAAUGUUGUAAAAUGCGGAUAAUAUAGCCUUGCGAAAUUUGCAAUUUUCAGUCAUUUUGUAUUACAAACGGGAAAUUGAUGCCCCAACACCCGAUUGGGCUGUCAAUUUCCCGUGCGUAAUACAAUAUGACUGAAAAACGGCAAACUUCGCAUGGCUAUAUUAUCCGCAUUUUACAACAUUUCGCAACGAAACUUUGGAAUAUUACUAAUUUUGUGAAAUGAUGCUCUUUCAAGCUGUGAUGAAAUUUUUGUCUAGAUCAAAAUUUAGUCUAUAAUGCAAAUGUCCAUUAAUGGCAGGGAGUCCGUAACAGCGCUAAUAGCCAAUUACUACGGCCCCGUAAAACUAACACUAAUAUUACAAAUUUAACAAAUACAAUAAUCAACUAAUAACAAACAACAUAUGAAAAUAAGAACAAUACGUCUUCUACAUGCAAGUGAGAAGGAUCAAUCAAUGCUUACAUGUAUGAGAGGCAUUAACCUCCUGAAAAUAUUUGAAAUGGCAGAUGUUCAGGGGGGUGAAGCUUCUCAUAAGCACACUGGUUAGGAACAUGACAAGUGCAUUUUGAUGACGAAUCAUUGAAAAUCAUGUCAGCCUUGUGUAGUGUCAAUCUAUUCUGUGCCAGUGUGCUUACAACAGACAAUUUAUUAAUCAUAAAACUUUAAGGAAUUUCAAAUGAAAAUGGAAAGUUUACAACAAAGAAGAGAAGAGCUAGAAAGGAAGGAAUAUCAACUCAAAGAAUCUCUGUUAAAAUUUGAUAAAUUUCUAAAGGUAUUGAAAAACUGAUAUAAUUAAAAUGAUAUUUUCAAGACAUUAAUAAAUUCUUAUACUGAUUAAUAAAUUACUGAUAGGAAAAUGAUUCAAAAAGGGCAAGAGCUCUGAAAAAAGCAUCUGAAGAACGUGAUAUGAAGAGAGGAAAGGACAGAGAAAUAAACAGGUAACAGUGGAGGGGGUGCAACAUCCUUGAUCCACUUUUUAGAAAACUUGUAUGUAGGAUUAUGUACUAGGGAAAACGUGACUUGUCGGUAUUUACUGAUUGGAAAUGGUCGGUAAAUUGAUCAGUAAGAUUGAGUUGGUCUGUAAAGUGAAGAAGCUGUAGAUAAACACAUCUCCUCCCCCUCCCCCCGCGCGGCCGCCCCCCACUUAAUCGGAAUGAUCUCUGCCUGAGACUUAAAUUUCCAGAAUUUUGGGGAUCUACAUUUUUUGCAGAAACAGUUUAGAAUGAAAAUAUUCAGAUAGCCUGCAGUAGGAAAGUUGUUUUUAAUCGACGUGACUACUUCAGGAUUUAUCUUGCUUGCCUUAUUAGUACGUACCUUGCAUAUUGCUUAGUUGCCAUACAUAUUGCUUGUUAUAUGACAACACAUCUUAAAGAGCAUAAUCCACGUAAUUAGGUAGAAAGGACAUUUCGACCUAUACUAUUGUAUUGUCUGAAUCUUUCGCAGAACAUUUUGAGCCCUAAUUCCAGACCCAGGUUCCCAGAAAGAAAAAAUGUUGCACCUCCGUCCAGAUUUUUAAAGACUUAUUAAUUUGAGCACGGAGUGUUUUAAAAUCAUGUCUAGCGUAUAUUUUAUAUAUAGUGUAGCUUCUCAAACAAUACAUAUAAGUAUUUACACAGAAAAUGAACGCGAAAAUUUAUGGCAGACUUAAUUUUAUGGACAUGAUAUAUCAUUACUAAUUUGCUGGUAUCAGGACCAGGGCUACUGAUGACAUUAACAACACAAAGCUCUCUUUUAAAGAUACACGCUUCCAGAAAGUACGCCCCCUUGGCGAGCCUCGCUUUAGUGAUCGAGACGUUGGGCUCAGGGCCGUAACUAGACGCGAUAAUUGGGUGUGGUGGGGGGUGAAUAUUCAUAUUCUCGUGUUUUGCCCGACGGAUUUCUUUUGAAAGCGAUUGUUUUUACGGUAUAUGAACAUGAUUCUAUGAAUAUCCCGUUAUCGCGCGUCUAGUUACGGCCCUGGUUGGGCUUUAACUAACGUCACUUGUACAAAAACAAGACUCCAUGGCCGAGAUUGUAUUCAGAAACAUCUUUCAUACACCUACUACACUUUGAAUGCACAGAAACUCUAAACUAAGGUUGUAUAAAAAAUGAGACCUUUAGUGGCUUCACUGGCUUUACAAAAAACAAGCUACAUAUUGUUGGAGUUUGAAUGCAUAGCACUAUGCCAAAUCCACGAGUGCGAAAAACAAAACAGGGGCAGGUUGUUCAAAGCCUGAUUACCGCUAACCCUGCAUGGGUUAAAUUUUAACCUGCUGUUUUUGUUUGUGUAUUUCUGCACGAUUCAUCUUCGUUUCAAAACUUUAGAAAAUAAAACCUCUUAUUGAACCAGAAAAGAUUUCAGGAAAAACAUAUUCGACUUUGUUCGAUGAGCUGUUGGAAAAUUUAAUUUGUAGAUUUGUGUUAACCCUUGCGGGUUCGGCUAACCAGCUUUGAACAACCGCCUCCAGGCCCAGAUGUGAACUUUAUGCAUGACGAAGUUAUUUAAAACGUUAACUUGGUUUCGUCUAGUAUAAACAUUAUGUGCAUGCUGAUUAAUUUAGCACAGCGCGUAAAACACUCUGUAAAUACUCGUUGCUCUGUGCCUGUGGUCAGUUGAACCUAUUCGAACUGAUAUGACUAAAUAGUAAUUUGACAAUUUUUUGUGUAAUUACAGUAUGCUCCUUCAUACGAUUAGCGAAGCUAUUUUAAAUUCGCAUGCAGGAGCAUAAACUCUUGUGCUUACCUGCAGUUUUUAUCACCUCGUAUAAAGAGUUUUUCGAAUAUUUUUCUGACUUGCGCAGGUUGAGAGACGACACAGGAAGUUUGGCAAAAGUACGAGAUAAAAUGCAGAAAAAAUUGGCGAAGUACGUUGCGUUCCAGCAAUAUCUGGAUAAAGUGUUGGAAAAGGCGGAAGAGGUACUGUGUUGAGAUUAUCUAGUUUUCUUUACCGAUUUAUUCUAUUCCGUAUUGCGCACUUUUACUGCGCAUAUCUAAUAACAAAUUCUAGCUAAUAUAUGUAGUCGUUCCAACUGCAGUGUAAAGUGAUAAAGAAAGAGUAAGGGCAAAGAGAAAAACACUCUGCAUUGAUUAGGCGUGCUUCAGCAAGUAUACCUUCAAAAAUGACAAAUUCUGGCUAGGGCUCCUGCAUGUGCAACUAACACUAAACCACACCAUGUUGCAUGUUUAACCCUUGCAUCUCUUUAAGAAGGUCCGUGACCCUGCUUUUUUAUUUUUUAUUUCUACAACUUAUUACAUUUUACAUUUUUCGCGCAUGCUUCCCAAAAUAACAUGUUUGAGAAGAUGGGAAAAGACAUCUUUGCACCACGACAAUGCACGUCAAUGGUUUUCGAUUCGCUAAAAUACCAUGUUUUCUUGUAUAUAUCACUAUAGAUAGCCAUUUUAGUAGGAUCCUUAUUAACAAAAAUCAAUAACGGUUGAGCAAUUGCGAUUGUUCCCACUCUUCUCCGCAGAGUCAUAUAGGAUUGUAGGGAUAAUGUACGGAUAGUAGAGGACAUUUAGUGGUGCGCGACGGGGGUGAGACCUAGCGCGUUUUGACUAACAAUUACGUAAUUUGUUUCCCAAGUAAUAUUACGUAAUUUUACUAAAAAUUCGUAAGUCUCUGCGGAGGAGAGUGGAUUGUUCCUGUAACUCGUAGGGGUCAAGAUGGCGCCAUAUAUGGGGGAAAAGGUGGCAUGUUGCGCUUAUCAUAUCUUCGUAACAAGUUCGGUGACCCCAACUUUUUUUCUGUUUUUACUAUGAGCAUAUCAUAAACUUCAUCCCUGGGAAGUUUCAGCAAAUUCUCAUUUCCAGAACAAUUACUGAUGAAUCACCUUAAGGAAUUAAGCUAAUUAAAAAUAUCUUUCAGUUCCAAGAGAUACGAGAAAUUAUCGCACGUUACGACACGCUGACGGCAACUCAUCAGGAUUUAUUUGAACGAGAGGCAAAAAAUCAGGAGAAAUACGAACAGGAGAAAGCAAGACUCAUGAAGUUCACUGAAGUAAUGAAACAGUUUAGUUUAAAAUCUUUGCUAAAUUUUGAAAUUUAUUUCAACUAAAACAUUUGUAUUAAUUGCUACUUUUCUUUUUUCUUCAUGUAGGAAAAAAAUAACGAAGUACUUAAUUACAACAAUCAGGUAAGAAAUUAUAACCGGCACUAAGAACAGCAAUAUACUAAAUACUUCAUGCAAUAGGGAAGAACGAGUUAAAAUGGCAUGGAAACAAAUAUCAAGAUUUUGUUGCCAUCCAGGGGCGUAGGAACCGGGGGGGGGGGGCUUUCCAAAGUGCCCUUUUUCCGGGAGCGAAGUGCCCUUUACCUCCGUGAAAAAUAUCGUUCCGAUUGCAUUUUUUUUUUUGCCCAAAGGCCUUUGAUUUAUGAUUGCAUUUGUUUUUGUAUUUUUGUGUCCUGAAAAAUUUUGUUAUUUAAUAAAAGCUGUCAGUAUGCCCGGAAAAUUUUUUUAAUUUUCGUGAAAAAAUAUGAUAUGUCCGGAAAAAUUUUUGGUAUGUCCGGAAAAUUUUUUUCAUUUUCGGGAAAAAAUGUUUGGAAAAAAUGUUUGGUGUGUACGAAAAAAUUUUUGAGACCUCCCCCUCCCCCCCCCCCACACCGUCGCCAACAUUUAAGAGAAAAAAAUUUUAGGUGCCCUUUUUCAUUCGAAAAGUGCCCCUCAAAGCCUGCCCCCCCCCCCAACUUUUAGAUGCUUCCUAUGCCCCUGUUGCCAUCUCAUGCACUCGAUUGAAUAAUAGUUUCAUGAAGGGUAUUGUAGAUGGAACACAGCGUGCGAUAAUUCAAGAUUUUAGUCGUACCUGACUGGUACUCCCAUGAUUAUAUAAUGUCGCGUACUUGAGCUGGUACACACUUAGACUCAAGGUUUACUUAGUCGUUAAAAUGAAGUACAUAAAGUACAGGUGGUUUCUGAAAGGUAACCAUUCAGUAACCGAAAACCACGAGUUAGAACAAGAAGGACGACAACUGCACACACAAACACUAGAAUCGACUCAUUCCUUUGGCUUAGUCCCAUCAGUCCAAUAAUUUUUCAUGCCAAGACAUGUCAGACGUGCCCAUAUAUACCGGUUUAAUUACGGUUUGAAUACAUGCAUUGAGUUUGGUGAGGUCAUAUGGUACCAGCAAAAUGAAAAUACGCAAAUGGAAAGAGUUCCGCGUACCUACGUGGUACGUGGCUGAAAACAAAGACGCACCAAACCGUAAUAUUGGCGUAAGUACGCGAAUUACCUCACCCUGAGGAACAGCAGCAUGUACAUGAACUUGUGGUUAGAGCUCGACAACUGGCCUCUGUUGCUUAGUUGGUCCAAAGAUUUGAAAUAAAUGGACAUGCAGAACAUAAACCAAAACAGCAGUUUAAAUUUUAACCCAUGGUUAACGCUAAGCGGCCCCUGUAUUUCAGUUGGGUUUUUUUAUGUACGGACUUCGACCGGAAGUCAAUCCAGCCGUUACAGUACAUAUAUGACGAGCUGAUGACGACAGCCGUUCUUGUUUCGUUCUCGCUUGUUCUGUCCUCGUUUUAUAUACGGUAUAUACAAUUGACUUUUUUGUUUGUCUGUUUAGCUUGCGCAACUUCAAACAGAACUGGAAAGAACACAAAGUAUAGCGGUGAAAUGGUACGUGUAGUAUUAUUAUAAUACUCUGUAUUUUUGGGCACGGCUGGAUUCGAGUUGCUUUGUACCGAACGAGUUGAUUGUUUCAAAUCUCUCUUGUCUGUUCAUUGUAGGGAAUCUCAGUGGACGCAUAUCAAGAACACGGCAGCAACAAAGACUUUGUUGCUGGGAAGAAUAAAAAUGUAUGCACAUACGUCCGUAGUUUUCCUUUCCAAGUUUUAUUUGCUCGUGUGCACGGCUCGUCUAGUCUGUGCGGGGCUUAAUAAAUUUGUUUCAAGCUCACUAGAAUCUAAAUGUUUGUUGUUUUUCUAGGGCAACGCAUAAUCUCUUUAUGUUGGUCAAUGGACAGUUAAAGACGACAACAGUUAUCGAAAAUACGGAAAGGCAGUUAGAAAAAGUAAAUGCACAAAAUCUGCCUUAAUAGACUAUAAUUACUGUUUAUUACAGUUUUUGCCCAAUUGCCUCGUUUCAUGUAUGCUUGCCUGCUUUAGCAAGGACAUAAAAGCAUUGGUCAAACGCCCUCGGAUAGGAUGUUUUAGAUAUCUUUCUAUGUGGAAUGCUCGAACGGUAGAUGCGGUGCGAAAGGAUAUACAAGUAUACCUGAAAAAUAUAAGUAUAACCUCGACUCUUCGAACUAGAGCAGAAGGUGUCGGCUAUACUAUACGUACGUAAAAUCUCAGUCAUAACUUAGUCAACAAGAUGUGUUCGCAACGGCUUGUAGCAAGCUUGUCAACAAGUUGUAACAAUGCUGUUAUUUUAUCAAGUUGCUACAAGGUUGUCACUCCCAACUUGUUGACAAAUUGGUGAAUUGCAGGACGAUAACAAGUUGUUGGAACAAUUUGUAACAAGUCUGUUGUCUGUGUUGAGCUGAACAACUUUGUAGCAAGUUGUCGACAAGCCGUUGACAACUUGUCAACAACCUGGAACAAGCAGUGCGAACACAUCCUGUUGACAAGUUGUUGGAACAGCAAUUGCUAUACAAGUCUGCUGCAGGUUUGUUACAACUUGUGCCGAGUUGUGCGUUUUUACGUGCAUGUGUAGCUGGGUUCCAGUCACGUGAUACGUCUAGCGCCUGGUGGUCAACUCCAAAUGGUAAGACAUUUACCGGAUCGAGUUAAAUAUUCAUUACAAGUAUUGAUCCCGUGCCUGGUAUCAAAUAUAUGCAAUUUAACGAAAUUUACUUGCUUCCACAAGGCAUAAAGCGGCAAUAUAUGUAAUGUUGACCACCAAGCUUUCCCCCUAUGUAUAUAAUGCUUGAGUGAAACCAUGGAUAAUAAAAUAAAUGGAUAGGACUCUAGCUGACGUAAGCAAAAACAACCUAGUUGCAAUCUGUGACGUCACGUAUUGCAAAGUUCUCGGCAUUUUUGUUGUUUCGCUAUACUUUCCGCUUUAAAAGAGUAAUAUUGAAGCAUGUACUGGUCUAAUUGUUUUAAAAACAUGCCUAAGCCACGACAAAGUAUUCAAGGUAAAUGUUUUUCGUCUUUGUUUUGUAUUUUUUUACAUUUGUAGCUACGAAAUUGGCGUCCCCAAUUUUAACGAAAUUUGGGAAUCAUGCCUUUUUCACUGUUUAGUGCUUGAAAUAUUUGCUAAAAUUGACUGGGAAUACUUAGAGAUUUCAUCGUAGAAUGGCGUAGUUAUAUUCAUUUGCUCUUUGACUAAAAUGUUUAGCUGUAUUAGGUCACGUCAGCUAGUAUCCUAUCCAUUUAUUUUAUUAUCCAUGGUGAAACCCACCAAUAGACAGAACUAUCUUCUCGACGAACGCCUUGGCUCAAAACGUCGACAUUUUGCUUAUAUUUGGUAGUUCAACUACAACUUCCGUUAGUUGUAUAUCCUACUACCUACACUGGGUCUGGACCCCAAGUUUGAGACAUCUUUUCAUGUAGUUCAGACACAGACCUUGGCAGUUUAAUGUAAAGGAAUUUUUUUUUAUGUAGUUCAGACAAAAAUCACGGCAACUUAUUAAUUCAUCCUCGCUUAAUUUUUUUUAUUUUCUCUUUAGAUUCAGACGUUCAUUCAAGAUUUAUCGCAAAUUACUCAAGAAAUCAAGAAAGGCGAAACCGCGGCGACCACUUCGAUGACGACGUCGUAGACUUUACAUGUGGUUAGAAACUGCGCAAGCAUGUUGAUAAUUUGCAUGUAAAUAAACAAAUUUAGUAUUUUAUAAAGUAAAUAAAAAUUAUAAACUUAAGUUUGGUUCGCUUUAUUCUGUCUGGCGACUACAAAGAUUUGAUCUCAGGAAACAAGGCAAAGUGCAAUGAUUCUAUCAUGUAGCUAUAAUCUUUUAAAAAUUAGCUCAGUCACUAAAGGCCAUGUUAUACGGUGCAAUUUUCCUUGCAACUUGCAAUGCAAUUCUACUCUUGAGAGAUGUUAAUUAGUGAAAUCAGUGAAGAAUUUUCGAUAUGUUGAGAAAACAUCAGCGGAGUGUAAUGAAGACUCGUAUUUGGCAAUUUUACAUCUCUCAAGAGUAGAAUUGCAUUGCAAGUUGCAAGAAAAUUGCACCGUGUAACAUGGCCUUAACUAUUGUUUCAGUUUACGAAAAAACGAAAGGCAUAGAAAAAAUAUUCUGUUUCUGGUCAGUUUGUCUGUCCAAAAUUGACGCGCACACACGGCUUUUCUUUUUCAUUUUUUUUUCAAGGCAACGCUUUUUGCAGAAAUUGCGAGUACAUCUUCAGUCUAGUUUCUAAAAGCACAUAUAAUACAUUGAUUUUUCAUGCUUAUACACUGUCUGUCACCGAGUUGACAUGAAAUAAAAUGAGGACUACUAUAGAAUAAUAUUUUCAGGUGUAGAAAACAAUAGAAAUAUAUCAAAUACGAAAUAUCACAAGAACAGUGCUUUAUUCUCUCACAAAAAAAAACAACAUGCACUACGUUUCGAGCUUAAAGAACAUUGGCAAUAAAAAAUUAGUUUGUCUCAUUCAAAAGAACUCUUAAAAUUAUAUAUUAAAUUCUAUUACCGAUUUGUCAUAUCUUGCUUAGUUCUCGAAAUAUUUAGAACGAAAUUAAUGAGCUUUCCGCCAUCUUGGAAAAAUGCUUUACCUCAUUAACUAUGGUUUUGAUGACGUCAGGAGUUGGGUUAACCAUAUAAAACUACUCUAAAAUGACCGAGCAACAGUCCAAAAUUGUUUGAAAUUUUAUUCAUUGUUUGAAGUUUUUAAUCAUUUCUAAAUUUCAGACAGCAACAGAAACGAAGUUUUGGACUCAUAUUGAUCACUUACUCUCAAGAUAAAAAACUUAGUGUGACCCCUCUCUUGACGUAACAUGCAUAUCCUCAAUAAUCCAAGAUGGCGAACAGCUCAAUUUUUUCAAUCGAAAUAUUUUGAAAACUAAGCAAUAUAUAAACAAUCUGUAAUAGAGUUUAAUAUAUAGUUUUAUAGGAGUUGUUUCAAAUCAGUGAACUAAACUAAUUUUUUAUUGCCAAUGUCCUUUAAGCGAGCGACGUUUUUGUCAACACGGACAUCACACGAAAAUUGGUAGAACUAAUUUUGGCGGCAUUUUGCAUCAUAGCGCUCGUGCAAGGAAGCAAAAAACUUUAAAAAUCUUAUGUUUUGUCAUAUGCAUGUGUCGUUGAAGAUUACCACAAGCUGACACAUGCAAACACAGCUCUCGGCGAUCUGAUGUCCGUGUUUACCAAACUCCAUUUUCCACUAGGCGAAUUUGUUCGCGCAAGCCGUAAAAGAAGUAGGAACUGAUCCAACUCUUUCGCGGCGAAAUUUUUCGCCCAGCAAUCACAUUGCCAAUAUUUGUUUUUCGCUUCGCGCGAACAAAUUCGCCCAGUGGAAAACGGGCUUAAAACGUCGCUUGUGCUCUCUAUUAUGUAUUCACAAACAUGUGACAUAUUAUAAGUUGAUAAGACCAUGAUAAGUUGAGAUUAUGAGCCGGUUUUCAUAAAAAAAGUUGACGCGCAUAGUCAAGAUAACGCGCGCGCUGACCAGAAAAAGAAUAUUUUUUGGCCUAAGUAUAAAAAAAAACUUGUUUAGACUUAAGGAAUCGUUGACCGUUAGUAAUAUGUGAGCCAGCUUUUGGGAUUAGUGACCAAUAUCUUAUCUAUGUCCGUCUGAGAAAUACCUUUCAACCGCAUUUUCGGUACGGCGUAAUCCAGGAUGUGUGCGUACCCAUGCCCGCCAUACUUGGUCAGUUGAUAACAUGUGUGGACGUCAUGUGCUACCAGUAUUCUGUCUCCAAAACCUUGUGAUAUCAAGUAGCCAAUCAUAUCGAUUCUCUGAGCGUCAUUUUGCAUGUCAAUGCUCGGCAUUUCUUGAAAGUAGGAAAUCUCAGAACCAAAGAGGUCAUACUCAAGAAAUACACCUGCAAAAUCAAACAUUUCAAACUUAAAGGUGCAGUUCAGUUGUCUAGUUUCAUCCCCCCCCCCCCGGGAUCUAAACAGCCACAAUAUACAUAUUCAUACCUGUCUCAGCUAACUCCAGGAGGGUCUCUUUCUUUCCAAUUGUUCGUCCGAGGUGAGCAAUUACGGUGUGUUUAGCAUCCCCGCCAGCUUCCUCAAAAAUACGCAAGUCUUCAAACGGGGCGAUGGGGUCUCGUCCCGGGUGGAUCAUAACGGGGGUCUUGGUUUGAGAUUGCGCAAGCGCAGCUGCGCGGAGACUACGGUUUUCGACCUCAGCUAGUGGCCAAGAACAUCCGACUUCACCUAUGAUACCAGGCUUUACUUUUGUACCAUCAAUACCGUUAUUGAUGUCGUCUAGAAUGGUCUGAAAUAUUGAAGGAAGAUAAAUGAGCAAUAUAUAAAUGCUGGACUGUUAGUAGUACCAGAACAGUUUAUAUGUGAAAGCUCCC